GUGUACAUGACAAGCAUGAUUUUUGUGUCCUUAUGUAAAAGGGUUUUGUAGCAAUGCCUGACUUUUUCUAGUAAGAGCCACCGCCCUCCAAUUGCUUUUACAGGUUUAAAUCCAUCCUCCUUACUUCUGAACACCAAGAGAGCACAGAAGAGUAUGGAUUAGGAACUGUGUGGGUCUAGUGUAGGAACUUGUUAGAAAAUGAGUGACACUGGUGAUUAUGAUGAUGUACCUCAGCUUUCAUCCCAAGCCUUAGCUGCACUGCAGGAAUUCUACAUCGAACAGCAGCAGAAAAAUGACAUUAGGACAACAGAAAGAUGUGCUGAGUAUUCUCUGGGCUCAAUAGAAGAGAACUGGAAACUGAGCCAGUUUUGGUAUGAUUCUGAAACUGCACUCCGUUUAGCUAAUGAGGCUAUACAGGCAGUUGGAAAAGGUGGUAGUCCACAGACUGAGAUGAGCCAAGCGGUGCCUGAGAUGGGGAGCAAGAGGAGGCCAGACACUGUUGUCCGCAGUGAGGAAAAGAGGAAGAGCUCUGCACAGUGAAAGCCCUGCUGCACAUUCCGUUUCUGAAAUCAAUGAACGUGGCCGUUUAACUCUCUGCUGCAUUUCCACUGAUUGCCCAUAUGGGCCACUGUCGAGCCUCACCCUUCCUGGGCAGCGCCUUUUGAGCAUAAUACGAAAGCUGGACAUUCUUAGGAAGCCAAAUGUUCAAGCAUGCACAUGAAAUAAGCAUA